AGACUCGUCUCGCGGGACGUCGUCGUCGCGUGUGGGUGUGUUUCAGAGGCGAGUCCGCGAGUGCGAUAUAUAUGUAUAUAUAUAUGUAUAUGUAUAUACCUAUACAUACUCGCGCAUAUAUACACACAAUCGUCGUCAAGAGUAUGAGCGCAUUAGCGUGAAUAAUAAGCGCGCACACAGACAACAAAUGGGUCGCUCUGGACGACGGCGGUGGCAGCGGCGGGCGGCCAAUGAUCAGUGCGACUCUGACGACGUCUAGCUCUCGCUUUGGGGGUCGUUACACAGGAUCAGUAGAGGGAGACUCGCGAGUCUCGCGACUGACAGCUGACUCGUUUCGUCGAAGUAGAGAAAGAAAGAACAGCGCGAGGAUCAUGUGAAGAAACAGACAUGUGUAUAUAAACCAAGGCAUCGAGCGUAUUUCUCCAUUCCCAUCCUGCGGUGCAAGUGCGCGCCGCUGCAAACUUACAUAUCUACUUACACUCCCCCGCGAACGUCUCUGUUGAAGCAAUAAAAAGAAGUGUAGAGUUUCGGUCGAGCAAGUCGCGACCGCUCGAUGUUGUUACGAGCCAUCAGUGCUGCUGUGCCGCAGUCGAGGCUGAUCUCCUGCAGCAUCGUCACGUGCAGCGUUGGACGAGGUCCUGGAGAACUGCAACCAUUGCUACGAUGAUCUGAAAGAGAGCGAAGGGGAAGGCAAGAGAGGAACUUAUAAUUGCGAGCUUCCAACUACACGAUUCUGGCCCGACGAUACUGCACCGAUAUCAGUGGCUCGAUGACGCUGUAUGUAUGUGGGUAUAGGGUUCAGGUCGACGAGAUAAUGAUUGUGUGCAGCAUAGUGCGGAGGAGUUCGCGUGUCAGCGUAUAUUAAAAUUAAGCUCCGUAAUGGAGGAUAGUACGAGCGUCAAAUCUACAGAAUCAGUGGCGACUAGUGAUGAAUAUGAAUUCGUAAGCGAAAAAGAAACUAUCAAACAAUCACAAUCAUUGCUUGAGUCGCCAAUGCUGAAAAUUGCCAACAAUGGUAAUUUAAAAGAUCUUCAGAAUAAUUUACACGAGGUUUUGACUGAAGAAUCCAAGAUGAAUGAGGACACGGAAUUAAAGAUAAUACCAAGUAAUGUUUCAAAUAUCCAAAAAACAAAGACAAUUGGUCAAAGCAAAUUCUACGAUGUCACAUCUUCAUGUGCAGUGACCCCGGAAAAACAAGAUGAGGAGAAACCAGAUGACUACAUAGAAGAAGAACUAUGUAUUUUAUCAGAUGUUCAACAAGAAUACACAAAAUUUGAUGCAGUUACUUACCUUGGAUCCGCUCAAAUCAAUGCUCCAAAGUCAGAGGCUGAAAUUCAGCAUAAUAUGAAAAUAUUGGCUGAGCAGUCAACGGUUCCAAUCAAAGUGUCCAUUUCAGUACCAAGCUGUUCUCAAGGAAGUGUUAUCUUGUAUGACUCUGCAACUCAACAGCCUAUAAAGAGUUAUGAGGUACAGAGAAUUCUUUUUUAUGCGAGAGGCGAAAGUACGGGGUCUUGCGCAGCAUGUUUUGCUUUUACUUGGUCUCAUGGAGAUACCCAAGAAUCUGCUAUAUUUCAAUGUCAUGCUUUUCGUUGCGAUAUACCAGAAGCUAUAAGACAAGUAUCUUCAUGCUUUGCAAAAGCCUUUCAAAGGUUUCCCAGAUCAAUGACCAAUUCUCUGACAGGCAGUGACUUCAACAAUGGAUUUAAUCCUGUUAGUGAUAAAGUUAACUCCAGAGUGUUUAUUUUUGAAGUUACUAUGGAGAUCAAAGAGGAAGAUGGAAAGGGUGCUUAUAAUACAGUUCCCAAAGAUAGAAAUUGCUUUAAGCUGCGUAGUAAUGUUCCAAAGCAAGUAUGGUUAAACAUACAACAAGUCAAAGAAGGAGGUAUUACACUGGAAAUAGAGAGGUGCUUUGGUGUUUUAGUCAGUCCUGGUCGUAAUGUUAAGCACAGUGAUAUGAGAUUGUUAGAAAUGCAAAUAAGUUCAUCACCUAUGGUGUCAGAUAAACAGAGUUAUAAUGUUUGUGGAAAAUGGGAUCCAGCUGAUCCUGCUUUAGAGACCUUAAAUAUUGAAACGGAAGGCAAAAUUUUCAUGACAGUUGCUGUAGACUUAGUUAUUCGCGGUAUAAGAGAACCUGUAAGAUUUGUUAUUGAAACGUCCGUUAAAGUUUUCCAACAAAAUGAGAGGUUUUGGUCUUUUUACAAGAAAAAUCUUAUACAGCAGUUUUUCCUUAACUCUAAAGAGAUAAUUUCGAAUGAGGGGAAUGAAAUUCAUUACGAGGUCCAAAAUAUUGAAACAUCUGGUGAAAUAGACAGAAAUAGAUUAAAUCUAGCUUUGAACUUGGCUUCAUUAAUUAGGUCACCUUCGUUAACGAGUAUUGAUACCCUUACUCCUAAAGAAGAUUUCGAUUCGGAUGGCGAUGAACCAAUGCUGAGUGGAACUGGCGAAGUUUCGAAAGAUUGCUCAGCAGAUGAACUUGCUAGUUGGGCAGAAGUUUUAGAUAGCUGGCAAGUUAAUGAACAACGUCCAAAGCUUCUUGUAAAACUAGCAAGACAAGGCAUACCAGAAGCUCUUAGAGGUGAGGUGUGGCAGAGGCUAAGCAACUGUGAUAACUCUCAAGAAAUGAUGGACAAAUAUCGAAUGCUCAUCACAAAGGAAAGCAGUUGCGAAGGCGUAAUUCUGCGGGAUAUUAACAGAACAUUUCCUGCUCAUGAUUUCUUCAAAGAGACUGGUGGCUUGGGACAAGAUUCUCUGUACAGGAUAAGCAAAGCAUAUGCAGUAUAUGACGAAGAAAUUGGUUAUUGUCAAGGUCUUAGCUUCCUAGUCGCAAGUUUACUUUUACAUAUGCCCGAAGAGCAAGCAUUUUGUGUUUUAGUCAAACUAAUGUACGGCUAUGGCUUAAGGGACUUGUAUAAAGACAGAUUUGAUAAUCUUCACAUGAGGUUUUAUCAGCUCAACCGGCUGAUGGAGGAUCAGUUGCCUGAACUGUACAAGCACUUCUGUGAUCGCGGUAUAGAGACGCACAUGUUCGCCGCACAAUGGUUUCUUACGUUGUUCACCGCCAGGUUUCCGCUGUAUCUUGUCUUUCACAUACUAGACGUCUUUCUGCUACAAGGACUCGACACACUAUUCCAAGUUGCUCUCGCCCUUCUGACGCUAUGUAAAAAAGAACUGCUCCAGUUGGACUUCGAGAGCACUCUCAAAUACUUCCGAGUACACUUACCAAAACGAUGCCGUAGCGAAGAGGUCUCGCGAUAUGUCAUGAAGCUUGCCUGUUCAAUCACGCUUAAAAAAUUAAAGAAGUACGAAGCGGAAUUCAUGGCAUUGAAAGAGGCGCAGGAGAAUGCGGACGAGUACAGCAACGAGGUGGAGCAGCUUCGGGGAAUCGUCGCCCGUACCGAGGAGGAGAAGCAGCGACUCGAACUCGAGUUGGCGCAGGUCAAGGAGAUGCUGCAGCGCGAGGUCAAUCGGGCCGAUGUGGAGAGCCGCAGGAACAACGUUAUCAUCACCGAGUAUAAGCAGAUCUGUCAGCGCUUGGAAGACGAUUACAAUACUGCCAAUGCGUCCCUCAGCGAGCUACGCACAAAGGUCUCCAAGUGCGACAAGUGCGCCAGCACUGCAUUGGACUCGAGCGGUGCAGCGAGCAACGCGACGUCCCAUCCUCUGGAGAACAGAGUCGAUCCGAUUCUCAGUAGAGCCCAGGAACGCGUCAGGGAGCUCGAACUCGAACUCGCGCAGACGAAGCUGGCGCACGUGGAAGCCGAGUGCAGGAAUCAGGAUCUAACGCACCAGCUGCACGCCACAUCGGCAGAGCUGAACGCCGCGCGCAACAGCUGGCCCUGGCUGAGCAAGACGCUGUCAAGCAUCAAGGAGGCAGCUAACAAGCGGGAGAUGACGGCUGGCGGAGCUGGAGGUGGAUCAGUCGCCGGUAUCCUGAGACGCGAGAGCGCGCCCAGCGGCGAGAUGAGACACGCGCUGCACUCGCAGAGCCGCGACAGUUUCAAGGAGGCCGUGUGAUACAAGCAGCACGUCCUCCUCGUCGGCCGCCAGACACUAGUCACUGGACUGGGGCUAUUCCGGGCCUUCUGAUUUAUCGUUCGAAUGUCGAUCGGGUAUCGUGUUUCGCGGAUCGCAUACUGCGGCGAUCUGGUCGCCUGGAUUCAAUGUGUUUUUAUUUUUAUUUUCGAACUUCACUCGUUCACCGAGGAAUUAUUGCAUUCCGCUCGGCUGAUGGAAAAUAAAUGUUGAUGCUUGACAGAUGUUGAAUAUUUUCGAGCGACGAGUUGUGUAUGUAUAUUUGAGCAUUCGAGUAUAAUCGCUCGCGAAUGCCCGCUGCAAAUAGUUCCAGUCCUAUCACACAUUAACACUCAAAAACACGUGUAGAUCUAAUCUCGAGAUAUACUUAACGAUAUAAUACAAAAAUGGCGAGAACGUAUUAUCGCUGUGCGCAAAAAAUAUGUGCGGCGCACAUUCAGAGUUAUAGACGUCCUCGUGCGUGCGCUUGCUGAGACAACAGAAAAAUAAAAUAAUCGAGCAAACGAAAAAAAAAACUGAUGAAAGUAGAUUAUACGCGAGGAGCACACUGCGACUCUUUUCCUCUUGGUUCGACAACGUUUUUUUCAUUAUUCGUUUAUUCGUCCAGAGAAAUUUUAUUUCAGUGUCGGUUAAGAACUUAAGAUUUUUUUAUACGUGAAUCCAACUUGUAGUUAUUAACGAGUAUCCAGAGAGUAGUGGAAAUUCGCAACCCUAGAAUGCUACAUUUACAUUUCGAACGUGCGUCGUGAUAUUACAUUCUGACGUAUUUUUUACCUUCGUUUUAAGUGUUUUUUUAUGUAUUUACUUUUAUAUUCUUUGCUUAAAUUUUUUACGAAAUGCUUAAAAUCGCGAGCUUCUGUAGCAUUUUAGGGUUUCCAUUGAACGAAAAUUUGUGUUUUAUUGUUUCUAAAAUAAUUAGUUGAUACUUUUUGUAUUAGUAUUUCGAUUUAUCACAGAUGGAUAAAAAGAUAAAUUAAUUAACAAUAAAUCCCUGACUGUAAUUUGGUAUCAUCAGUAUUGGCCAAUUACUUUUAAUUCAUUUUUUAACCAGGACUGCUUCAUCACUAAUCGAAUUUUUGUCACGUUGCACAUCAAUGAUCGAGACUAAAUCUUGAACUUCUCAUGCGUAUCCUCUGUAAUACCUUCAUUGUAUCCUCUAAAAAGCGAUUGCGUUCAAACGAGUCAGUGCGUCGAUUAAAUUCGCCAUUUUUCAAGUCUAGUUGAAUGAACUUGAGAUAAUGUAACGAGUGGCUGUAACGUCUAGGGUAAAAAUCAAACGAAUAACGAACGUGGAUUUUUUAGGUGAUCGUUUGAAUUCGUCCAUUAACCAUUCCUAUAUAGUUACAUAUUAAAGGCGAGCAAUUAAGAUUGCGCAUUCAAUGUUAACAUUCCAAAAAUGAAUGAUAAAAAGUCAUUUAUAAGAACGACCUAUUAUUUUUGUAAUAUGUUACAUUUUUUUUUUAAUUUUCUCAAUUGGCACAAACACUUACGUCAUUAGAUUUAUCUUAUAGUCAUUCAGCGUUGAAAGGUUACGACGUUUUGUAAUAAAGCAUUCUUUUUGGCUCUUAUUUAGGAACUCUCAAGAGUUCAUUUAAGAUAUUGUCGUAGUUUUGAUAAUUAAAAUAAAAUACCUAAUAAAAAACUUUAAAAGAAUAUUUUGCACUUUGUAGUAAAGCAAGUCGGGAUAUAAUUACAUGUCACUUCAUUUCAGCGCUAUAUUUAGUUAAUAAUUCUAGCAGAUUACGAAUAAGAUCACUCUUAUAAGUAUCACAAAAACAUUACCUAUCAUUUGACAGAACACGCAAUAUAUUCAAUAUCAAUAUUAGUCAAUAUUGUUAUUUUGGUGUAAAUAAUAGUUACAUAUACAAUACAUUCACAUAUUUUGAAAGGAGUCUUUGCAAUAUAAAAAUCUGUUUGUAAAUUUUGCCUUGUGCCAUAAGUAUUGGAUUGUUUUAUUAAAGUUAUUAUUGGAAUUUUGUUAAUAUUUAAACAAUGUAAAAAAGUAUACGUAAUAAAGACUUACCUUAAUUUUCAAGUUAUGUUAGUGUCUCUCGGUUUAUGUCAAUUUUUCUGGAUUUUUCAUAGAAAUAAAUGUUUGUUAGUUUGUUUUGUACGACUAAUUAUUAUUGCGAUUAUUAAAUUGCGUCAUUACUGUAGGCACAAGAACGAACGACUAUAUAAACGUAUGUAAAUAUGAUAAAAUCAUUGUGUAAUGGAAUACAAGUCGAAAUAAUAAAGGAACAUUAUUGUA